CAGUAAAUCCAUCAUCAUAGUGAGGUGAAGGAAGUACUUAUUACACAAGGCGUUGGUGUCUAUCAAUACACUGAUGAGGUUGCAUCAAUGAUCACCACCAUCACGGUAACCGAUGUGGGUCCAAUCGUUGCGAUGGUAACAUCGAAUCGAGUGGUGGUCCGGUAUUUCAGACGCUUUAUGUUACUCUGGACUUGCCUUAAGUACUGCACUAGGUGUGUCGUUCUGUUACAGUCCGCUAUUGCCUUCCAGACUGGCUUUAUGAUUGAUUAAUCACCAUUUCGCCAUUGUGUUUUGGUAGGGCUUCCGAGAAGUUACUGAUUUUUCCUCGAUUUGUUUUCAAGUUGUCUCGAGGGGCUUCGAGUCUGU